UCACAACCAGGAAGCUCGCGCGUCCAUUCGGGCUGAUCUUAAGUCAGUUUGUUAGCUGAGCGGGGGUGCACUCAAAUGCGGAAAUAGUGGACGUCUUAACCGUGCGUAAAGGAGGCGUGCCGCGCCAAAUUACGCACAGGAAACCCCUCCAGGUUUAACUCACUAAGUGACUAACUAACUAACUUGGCGUGGUCAAGUCCUCCUGUUGCAUGUUUCAGUGCAAAGACUGUCUGAAGUCCGGCCAGAUGUUGCACUAGAACACCAUGUUGGAAGCUCCGGAGCCAAGCCAGGAGAUCGAGCGCUGGCUCUUUACCCUCCACCUCUCCCAGUACGCGACCUGUUUCCAGCUGGGCGGCUACCGAUCUCCGCAGGACUGCGCGGACCUCACAGAUGAGCGCCUCCGAGAGCUCAAAGUGCUCCCGACUGGGCACCGCAGGCGCAUCCUUCGUGGUUUAGAGGUGCUGGGUGUCAAGAAGCAAAGCCAGGGAGAGGAAGCCCAGAAACCGCCGCUGUACCCGAGAAAUGUCUUCCUGGAGGAUAAAAAAAGAGGGGGUUCCUGUCAGCACUCGGAAUUACAAGGGAGUCAGACGUUGCCUCCGGGAGCUGGCCUCGGAGCCCAGACGGAAGAAGGUGGCCCCCCGCAACCAGCCCGGCGCAACCCCGAGAACGUCCGAGUGUCCGUGUUGGAAGAUCUCGGCCCCCUUGCCUCCUCCUCCUCCAGCAGCACAGAGUCACUGCCGACUCCUGAAAUACCCCCGGGCUGGGAGAUUUCCCCAGAAAACGCCAAUUUCGUACCGUCUCCUCGUGACGCCCCGAGCGAGGAGCAAGAGUCUUCCCAGUGCAACAUGGUGGACAACGCCAUCUACGUCGCACAGCCCACUUUCGCCGCCCCCAAAGGCCCGCGCCUGACUCGCUCUUACCGGCUGAGGCAUCGACCUGUACCCGACAUCCCACAACAAGACAGGCACGCACCGCCAUUGCAAACAAGCGGGCCCGAACACCCAGCCGUCUGCGGGGGUCCCUCCGGUGAAAACUGCGCACAGAAAGCUCCACUUCACAGAACCUUGACGCCCAUCGCUCCCUACGGAGAGACCUUCCUGUACAACAGCGCUCAAAGCGUUCCGGACCAAGGUGGCAAAGAAGUGGCGCCGAAGGACAAGUUGGAAAAGAAGAAGCAGAGCCGCAGAUCCAAGGACAAUGACUCUCCUCCUGGUCCGACGAGCCCAGACCCUUACAAAGACGAAUACUCCACGGUGGAAGAGUGCGCCAGCCUUUUGCCAAGUUUGGUGCAAAGUGCGGCAGAGUACGCCUCCGUCGGCGCAGCGGCCUCCGCUCCCGUCUCUCGCUGUUCUUCCGUGGUCACGGUGGACUGCGACGUCUACUCCAAAUCCCUCGAGACUUUUGGAGACUGUCUGCCCGAUAUUUCCCCAUACGCGUGCUUUUACGGCGCUGCAGGACCUCAAGUGCUAAAAAUGGGCUGGCUGGAUAAGCUUUCACCUCAAGGGAAGUGCGUCUUUCAACGGCGGUGGGUGCGGUUCGACGGCGAGAGCCUGGCCUACUACAACAGCGACAAGGAAAUGUACUCCAAAGGGAUGAUUCUGGCCACCGCCGUCCGACAGGUCCGAAGUUUAGGUGACAACAAGUUUGAGGUCGUCACCUCACUUCGGACCUUCAUAUUCCGAGCGGAGAAAGAAGGGGAGCGCCGCGAGUGGAUGGAAACCCUUCAGACGGUCGCGCGGCCCUCCGCCCGCGGCUCCCAGACGCGCCGCAGCCUGCGCCGCCGCUCCUCCACCAACAAGCGCGGCGUGCUGGAGGUGCGCGCCUACAAAGGCAGAGUUCUGGUGUCCCUGGCGGGGAGCAAAGUCAGGCUGUGCAAAACAGAACAGGACUACGAAGCGGGCCUGGCUAUCUGUGAAGUGGAGCUGACGGCCGCCAACAUUCGAGACGCGGACCGAAGGGUCUUUGAAAUCAACACGCCUUUCAAGAACUUUUGCUUCGUGGCCGAGUCGGAGCAGGAGAAGUUGGAGUGGAUCGAAGCGAUUCAGGAAUCCAUCGCCGAGACGCUGUGCGACUACGAGGUGGCCGACAAGAUCUGGUUCAACGAGGCCAACCGCAGCUGCGCCGACUGUCGCGCCGCGCAGCCGGAGUGGGCGUCGGUCAACCUGGGCGUGGUCAUCUGUAAGAAGUGUGCGGGGCAGCACCGCUCGCUCGGCCCCAACAUCUCCAAAGUGCGGAGCCUGAAACUGGACAGCAGCAUCUGGAGCAAUGAGCUCGUGGAGCUCUUCUUGGAAGUGGGGAACCAGAAGGCCAACGGUUUCUGGGCCGCCAAUCUCCCCCCGGAAGAAGAACUGCACGGCGGCGCUUCGGCCGAACCGCGCGCCACCUUCACCCGCAGGAAGUACCGGGAGAGGAAGUACCGACGCGUCCUCGAGGGACUUCACGACUCGGAGCGGCUCAACAAGGCGCUGUGCGCCGCCGUGGUGUCGCCCGACGUGCUGCGGACCGUGGAGCUGGUGUUCAGCGGGGCAGAUGUUAUGUGCGCCACCGGGGACCCGACCUGCACCACGCCGUACCUCCUGGCCCAACGCGCCGGCCAAAGGCUGCAGAUGGAGUUCCUGCAUCAGAACAGGCUAUUGGUUUUCCCAAGACUUGACCCGCGGUCGCAGAAGACAUCCCCGUCCGAAGCGUCCCCCUUCAUGGACGGCUUCCUCUACAUCUCCCCGGGCCACGGCAGGACGCCUCCGGAUCGGCGCAAAGGAGACGACAUGGCACGUCGCUGGUGCACGCUGGAGGGCGGCUUCUUGACGUACUACGAGAGCACGCAGAGUCCGACGCCGGUGGGCCGGGUGGCCGUUUCCGACGUGGUCAGCCUGGUCAUCAGCAACGCCGAGACGAUGACUGGAGCAGGGGCCGUGUUCACCGUGGAGGUGUACUUGCGGUCAGCGCGGUCCCUCGUCAUUGGUGCGGAGACGCAGGAAACGCGCCGCGAUUGGAUCCAGGCGCUGACCAAGUGCUUGGUGCCACCCCAAGCAGAAGGUCUGGUGCAGAAGGACAGCGAGCUCAUUGGCCGACUCCUCUACAAGGAGGGCCACGACCUGUACCACUGGAGGACGGGCUGGUUCGUCCUGGCCGGCUCCGUCCUGCACUUUGGCUCCGGCGACGAGGAGGGAGACCAGGACGCGCUUCAUCUCAAACAGCUGCAGGAGCUCACCGUCACCACCCACACUGAGGGCGAGGAGAAGAUCCAAGUGCUGCUGAUGGUGGAGAGCGGAAGAACCAUUUACAUCCACGGUUUCAACACGAUGGACUUUGCGCUUUGGCACUCAGCCAUCACGCAGGCCGCCGGCACCGACGGCAAAGCGCUCGGCGACCAGCAGCUCACGAAAAACGGCGUCCCCAUCGUCGUGGAGAGCUGCAUCGCGUUUGUCACUCAGUACGGUUUGUGCCAGGACGGGGUCUACCAGCGGCCGGGCGAUCCCAACGGGGUGGCGCAGCUCCUGGAGGAGUUCACCCUGGACGCCCGUAAUGUCAAACUGCGGUACAAGGAGCGCCAACUGGGGGAUGUGACGGACACUCUGAAGAGCUUCUUAUCGCAAGCGGAGGACGCCCUGUUGACCAAGGAGCUCUAUCCUUACUGGGUUUCGGCUUUGGAUGAGGAGGAUGAGAGCCUGAGAGUAAAAAAGUACUCCACCUUUAUUGAAAGUUUGCCCAAAGCCAACAGGGCAACCCUUGAUGCUUUGCUCCAACACCUUUACAGGAUUCAGUUGUGUCGCCACCUCAACCGCAUGCCGGGUGACAAACUGGCCUCGGUCUUCUCCUCCUGCUUGUUCCAGACGCAGGGACAAACGCCGCAGGAGAUCCGCGUGGUCCACGACCUCAUCGACAACUACGUUACGCUCUUCAAUGUCAAUGAAGAGCAGGUGCGACAGAUGGAGAGGGAGAAUAGUUUCAUCACGCGCUGGAAUGACAAAAAGGACACCACAUUCUCGCCAGCUGGGGACUUGAUCUUCGAGGUGUACCUGGAAAAGCGAGGGCCGGAGAAUUGCUGUUUAAUCAAGGUUUGGCCCAGCAUGCGCUCGGCGGAGCUCGCGGAGACGGCGCUGAGCAUGCGCAACGUCCCCUAUAACGCCGACGACGCGUGGACCACAUUUGAAGUCAUCGAAAAUGGAGAGUUGGAGCGGCCGUUGCACCACAGCGAGAAGAUUCUAGAGCAGGUGUUGGAAUGGAGCGCGCUGGACUACCCCAGUUCGGCUUUUCUGGUUUUGAAGAAGUUCGCGGUGGCCGAAAGAGACGCAGAAGACAAAGUGGACCCGAAGCAGUUGGUGAAAGGCGAGCAUCUCAAGUUCAACGACGGCUGCUCCAAACUGCUCUCCGGGCACAAGUUCCAGGACAAAUACGUGGCGCUGCGUGCCCACAAGCUGCUGCUCUACAGAGAUAUCAAAACCACAAAAGCCGAGAAGGUGCUCCAUCUCAAGGCUGCCAAAUGUUACCUGGGCCUGAAGAAGAAGCUGAAGCCUCCGAGCAGCUGGGGCUUCACCGUCUACACGGAGAAACAGCAGUGGCAUUUCUGCUGCGACGAGAGAGAGACGCAGGUCGGCUGGGUGACGGACAUCAUCAGCAUGAAGUGUGGCCUCCUUCGCACUUUGGCACAACGGAACCGAACGCCAAUGAGUUGACUGAGCCCAAAACCUCGACUUGAACAAAAAAUGUUCUCGCGUUCUCCAGAGCCUCUCGACUGUUGUUGAUAAUUCCCCGUUGCUUUCAUAAUGUGACCCGCUUCCAAUUUUCGAUAAGAAUAGCAAUUACAACGAGUGGCAACGACUCCCUAUUUCGAAUGCAAACGGCUAUCUUUCAAAUGAAUUGUCUGGCACGUGUUUCGAGAAAAAUGAGAAAAACUGCGGCGACCUCUGCGAGUAUCUUCAGGCCGCCAGUCGCACUUAACGGCCUUUAAAUCUUGCCAGUUCAACAGGCCCCCCUUAUUAAAACCGCAGCGAAUGAAACCAUAUUCCAUCGUAGACAACAAGCGUGUUGAAUUCGCUUGAUUUCCAACUUGGCCGUUUCCAGCUUGGUGGCCUCGGUGAUGUUUUGCGGACGCGGGGGUCUCUGGCCUCCGAGCUGCUAUUUUGCGAGGCGCAAUUAGCCGGGAUGAACCAAAUCGCGCGAUCCCAUCUCAUAAUUGAGAUUAAAAAUUGUCUUUAAAUGCAAACUGAUUGAAAAAGAUCCAAUCUGCCGCCAUUGGACGUGACAAGGCUUUGAACUAUGGCGUAAUACCGAUGAAAUCUUUUUCCCCAGCCGGCCUGUUCCUCCGCUCGCCGAUGUCGAGAUAAUGACCCGCGUUGGCGAGUGAGAUUUGGGAUUAGCACAACAACGGCCGCUAAUUACCACCUGAAAGGCAAAGCAGGUGUGUGUUGCCGUUUUGCCUUGUUGUGGAAGAAAGUCGCAUAUUAAUGCAAUAAGUCAUAUAUUAUCACAAGAAGAAAGUUGUCAUAUUAAGACAACAAAGGGAUAUUUUUGGGAACAUUGUCGUGUGUUUUCGAGUCGUAAUAUCUAGAAAAUAGUCAUAUAUUUAUUUUAAAUGGAAAGUUUUGUAUUCUCAAGCUACAUUAUUACGAGGGUCAAUCUGUAUAUUUUUGAGAGAAAAGUUCCUAUUUUUAGAUACCUUGUAUAUUUUUAAGCUUUGAUUUGUGAAUGUUACGAAUAGUCGUAUAUUUUUAAGCAAAAAAAAAAAAUUGUAUAUGUAUAUUUAGGUUUUGAUUUUACGAGAAUAGUAAUGUAUGUGAAUAUUGUAUUUUUCAAGAUAAACGUUGUGUAUUUCGGAGGUGAAAUUGUAUUUUUUUUUUCGAGAUUAGAAAUUGACUUCAGAGAAAAGUUUAUGGUAUAUUUUUAGAUUAGCCUAUACGUUAAAUUAAAAGAUGAGUCUUAUUUCAAAUAUUUAAUUAAAAUAAACUUGGGGAUUCACGGGAAAAGGGUAUUUUUGAGAGCGUCAUAUUUUUGAAAAUAGUCGUCUAUUUUUGAGAUAAGUCUUUAAAUUAUGAAAGUGAAGUUAUCAUAUUACGAGAGUAAUAUUUUAAUAUUUUCAAGAAAAAAAGGUGUAUUUUUUGACAUACCUUAUUUUUAAGAUUAAGCUAAAGUCAUUUUAUGACGAGAACAAGGCGGAUUCCAUACAGUACAUAGAAAAAAGUUGUUUGUUUUUGAUCAAAGUUGUAAUAUUACAAGACGUAAAUCAUAUUUUCGAGUCUAGUAUCUUCAAGAUAACUCGUUACAAUAAGACUAAAUUGUAACGUUACAAAAGUCAAAUUUUUCAACUAAAUUGUGUAUUUUCACAUCAAUCUCGUGUAUUUUCGAGAUUACAAUUGUAAUAUGACAAGAUUGGUUGUAUACU